GGACCGUUAGCGCCAGCACACGUUCUGACGAUCAUCGGACCAUGCUCGCGGUCGACCGGCUCGGGCUCCCGACGGACGCGUUGAGAGGGCCGUUCUUGCAGCAGCUCAGCGGCUCUUGCGACAGCCUCAAGAUGGGCGACUUGCGGCGGGUGCUGAUGGCCCUCGCGCGGUGCUGGCAGGCGUCCUCCGUGCACCCAGAGUUGCUCGACGAGCUGUGCGGCUCCAUCGUCGCCAAGUGGGAGGAGCUACCCGCGUGGCAGUGCGACCCGCGGAACCUGCUGGCGGUGCCGCAACACCUUGGGCGCCUGCGCCACCCGCACCCCGAGCUGCUCAACUGCUCGGCUGGUGCCAUCUCCGCGCUGAUCUCCUCGAGGCUCUCGGUCCUCCCAGCGGACGCCCUGCGCUCGUUCGACGGGCUCCUGCUGCUCGCACCGCUCGUUGGGUCCACCUCGCGCAGCAGCAGGUGGAGGGCCUCGCGGCCAAGUGCCAACUGUACGCCGCGACGCUGCUGCGCCGCGCGAGCCCCGAGAACCUCUGGAGCACCGGCGGCCAGCUGCUGGCCGCGGGCGUGUCCGAGCGGCGCGUCUGGGCGGUGUGGGCGGCCGCGGCCGUGGAGAGAAGAAGCGGCGAGGGCGCGGCCCACGCGUGGCCGGGGUGCGGCGCUCGCUGGCCAAGCGGUGGGGCGGCGGGGGCCAGGGCCUCCCCGAGGGGCUGGAGCUCUCGCUCCGCAGCCUGGCCCGCGGCGGGAGCGCCCCCGGCGCGGUCGGGAGCUGCGGCUCUGGGCCGAGGGCCCCUGCGGGCUGACAGCGCCGCCGCGGCGCCAAGCACCGACCGCGCCAGCCGCACGCUGGCGGCGCCGCCAGCGGUGAGAGUC